GAGCCGUCAGUAGAGAUUCCUUACACGUGCAUUAGAUAUUUUCAGUAAUAAAGCUUUUUACAAUGGCGAAAAAAGGCAAAUCGAAACCAGGUGGCAACAAGAGACAAACUAAAUGUAUCGUCACGUUUAAUGAAAAAGAUCGACAGGAAUACCUCACGGGCUUCCACAAGAGAAAGGUAGAGAGGAGGAAAGCGGCAGUGGAGGAAAUUAAGAACAAACUAAAAGAGGAGCAGAAGAGAGUCAGGGAGGAGAGACACAAGGAGUACAUGAAGAUGCUGAAAGAGAGAAAGGAGGCUCUUGAAGAGGCAGAUGAAUUGGAGGACCUGAUCACUGACACCACAGAAUCCAUACAGUUUGAUCAUCCAAACCACACUGUCACUGUGACAACCAUCAGCAGCCUUGACCUCACUGGGGCUAGUCUCUUGGGACCAGCAGCCAAUCAAGCAGGAGAAGAGAGUGAGGAUGAGAAAGGUGAAGACGAUGAAGAGGAGAAAGCGAGUGCGCUACCAAAGAAAGCUGGCGAGCCGAUCCUCUCUAAAAAGCUGUGCUCCCUCACGGCUUCCCUUCACGCUCACACCAAGCAGCGGAGGAAGGGAGGGAAGCUGCGGGGCAAGGGGCAGGAAGGACCGGGACGAGGCCGCGCCGCGGACAGGAAGCCAGGUGGCAUCGACAGGAAGUCCCGGCUGGGGAAGACCAGCAAGAGACACAGACGCAGACAGACGGGGAAGAACAAGUCGCAACAGGACUGAGAGAGGAGGCGGCUGCGUGGACGAGCAGUUUAUACUCGUGAUUUAGGACACAGAGCUGUUUCCUGGUCUUCGGAAUGUGUGUACUCCUUUAAACGUGAUCAGUAGAAGCACACCAAGCCAAUGAAAGGAGUGGAUACUCCAGAAGGAGACCAUGUCAUUUGGAGCCACUGGUUAGUGGUGCUGUGCACAGCAGCACGGCCCUCAUACUCUGGA